UGACGUUGACGUUUCUUUUGCUGCUUUUGCAUUCGAUUUUGCUUCUUGUGCAAAUCGCAAGGUUUGGAUUGAAUUGAACAGUUAUUUUAAAGAGAAAGGGUGCAAUUAUUCUCUUGCCAGGCAUUUGUGUAGUUGUGCUCGAUAUUUUAGCCUUGAGUUCCUUGAUAGAUACGUGAUUUAUUAAAAAUUAUGGCUGAUUCUAAGGAUACAUUACUGCUCAAAAUCAAGGAGCAAGGUGAUCUUGUAAGGAAAUUGAAAUCUGCUAAGGAAUCCAGUGAAAAGGCCUCUAAACAGCCUGAUAGAUUGCAGUAUAACAUUGAAGAACUUGAUGUUCACUUUUCUCAGUACAGUUAUAUUUGUGGAUAUGUACCUACCGAUAACGAUACAGAGCUGUUUAACCAUCUUAGUCCAGCAGUUGUUAAUUUUGAUCAGUAUCUUAACAUCAAGAGGUGGUGGUACCAUAUGCGGAGUUUCACAGACUUUGAACAAUCAUUAUUUAUAACAAAAUAUCCACCAGAUAUAUUAAAAAAGUGUAAUUCUAAACCCUUGGAUGUUCAGAUACAAGAGGAAGUAGCAAAACUACUAGCAUUGAAAGCACAACUAGGCACUGAAGAUGCUGCUCCUCAGAAGUUUACUCUUAAAACCCCCAAAGGAACCCGGGACUACAACCCGCAACAGAUGACUAUACGGAACCAGGUCCUGGAGAAGAUUGUUGAGGUUUUCAAGAAGCAUGGGGCAGAGUGCAUUGAUACGCCUGUAUUUGAACUCAAGGAAGUGCUUACCGGCAAGUACGGUGAAGACGCCAAGCUGAUAUACGACCUCAAGGACCAGGGCGGUGAGAUCCUGGCCCUCCGCUAUGACCUGACAGUGCCUCUCGCACGGUACUUAGCUAUGAGCAAGAUCAACACGCUGAAGAGAUACCACAUAGCCAAGGUGUACCGACGCGAUAACCCUGCUAUGACCAAGGGGAGGUACCGCGAGUUUUAUCAGUGUGAUUUCGACAUAGCCGGGCAAUACGACCCGAUGGUCCCGGACGCGGAGUGCCUGAAGGUGGUCACGGAGAUCCUGCAGAGCCUCGACAUAGGGGCCUUCGUGCUGAAGGUGAACCACCGCCGGCUGCUCGACGGCAUGUUCGAGACUUGCGGCGUGCCGGCGGACAAGUUUAGGGGGACUUGCUCUACGGUGGAUAAGCUGGAUAAGUUGCCAUGGGAGGAAGUGAGAACAGAGAUGAUAAACGAGAAAGGCGUGACCCCCGAGGCAGCGGACCGCAUCGGCGAGUACGUAAGACUCAACGGAGGCGCCGAACUCGCCGACAAACUGCUGCAAGACGACAAACUAUCCAAAACGAAGGCGGCAGUCGAAGGCCUCGAGGGCAUCAAACUGCUGCUCCAGUACUGCGAACUGUACGGCCUGAAAGAUAAGAUCUUGUUUGACCUGAGCUUAGCCAGAGGACUGGACUAUUACACUGGCGUGAUCUACGAAGCUGUUUUAACACAGCCGAUUAAACUGGGCAGUGAAGAGGGUACGGUGGGGUCCAUCGCCGGCGGAGGCAGAUACGACAAUCUCGUUGGCAUGUUCGACUCUAAAAAUAAGCAGGUGCCCUGUGUCGGAGUGAGUAUAGGUGUGGAGCGCAUAUUCUCCGUGAUGGAGGCGAAGUUAGCCGCAGGAGAGAUGAAGCUGCGGACCAAUGAGGUGCAAGUAUACGUCGCCUCGGCACAGAAGAACUUCCUAGAGGAACGCAUGAAGAUCUGCGCUGAACUCUGGGACGCUGGAAUUAAGACGGAACAAUCAUACAAGAAGAACCCUAAAAUGUUAAACCAGCUGCAAUACUGCGAAGACGCGGGUAUUCCCCUCGCCGUAGUGUUGGGCGAGUCCGAGCUCAAGCGGGGGCUCGUCAAACUGAGGGACAUCACUAGCCGCGAGGAAUUGGAAGUGGCUAGAGCUGACCUGGUGAAGGAACUCAGGGAGAGAAUACAAGCACUAGAUGUUAAGACCGCUAAUGGAGUGUAGAAUGGUGGAAGUGGAAUUUUUGGAGGUUUCAAAGUUUUUGUUGUGAUAUUUUUUUAUCAGUUUGUUGGGUGUUAUGCCACAUUUUUACCUACUCGAUUUAUAGGCUGCAUAUUUAUCC